CAAAGCGUGCGAAGCUCGUGUGCUUGACGGUUUCGGAUAUGUUCAUUCAGCGCUUGGAUAAUUUGAUUGUCGCGUGUUCCUAGACAACACUUACUACUCUUGUAAAACCACGAGUAAGGAGUCAUAGAGUUACGCGCGAGAAACAAAACGCCAGCAAUAUGGAAGCUUUAAAAAAUGUCAGUGGUGUUAUUACAGGACAAGUAUCGGAUCUGAAAAGCACGUUUGUUGUCAUCGGUGGCGGCAUUGCAGGCGUGUCGUGCGCCGAGCAGCUCGCUGUUCAUUCUCCUGAGGAGCCAAUUCUACUCAUAACGGCGUCACCUAUUGUAAAAGCCGCAACGAACGUUGUAAAGCUUCGCAGAGUCAUGGAAAGUUUCGACAUCGAAGAGCGCUCUUUGAGCUACCUAGAGCAGCAGUACAGCAACAUCAGAGUGCUUCAAGAUGUGCUCAUCUCUCUGGAUGCCAGUGCACGAGCAACAUUGCUCAAGAGUGGUCGUGUGGUCAGCUAUGGGAUGAUCUGCCUUUGCAUGGGUGCAAGACCUCAGUUAAUUUCCAAGGACAAUCCACUGGUAUUGGGCAUUCGGGACACUGAGACUGUGCAGAUGCUGCAGAAACGACUUGGUGGUGCCAGACUUGUAGCUGUCAUUGGCAAUGGUGGAAUUGCCACAGAAUUGGUACAUGAACUGUGUGGCUGCAAAGUCCUUUGGGUUGUGCGAGAAAACAGCAUUGGUGCUACCUUCUUUGACCCCGGAGCUGCACAGUUCUUUCUGCCACAGCUGAGUGCCGAGAACAGUGAAGGCACCGCAAGCUCUGUCACAGCAGAGCAAGAUGCCACAGGCUGCGGAGACUCCAAGUGUCCCAGACAAGCGAACCAGGAUUCCUUGCCUCCAGGGAGUGCUUUGGGGCCAGACUGGGCCAAAGGCCAUGUAUUGCAAGGUGGAACUCAGAAGAAUGUGCAUAUCGAGUACAGCUGUGAGGUACGUCUGUUGCUGACACCUGCCGAAUUCAAGCAGAAGUGUCUCAACGACGCCAGCUGCGACUUCAAGUGUGGCUCUAACUGGCCCAUCUAUGUGCUCCUGACCAAUGACAAGUGCUUUGGUGUUGACCUCAUUGUCAGUGCAACUGGUGUCACACCCAAUGUAGACACCAUCACUGCGCCUCAGUUGGAAGUAGCCACAGAUGGAGGCAUCCUGGUGGACCGGCAGAUGAGAUCCUCACUGGCAGGCGUGUAUGCAGCAGGUGACGUUUGUACGGCAGGCUGGGAGCUUGCGGAGCUAUGGUUCCAGCGGCGCCUAUGGACACAAGCACGGCAGAUGGGCCACUGGGCAGGCACCUGCAUGGCAGCCCACUGGUCAGCCGAGCCUGAUCCCCUUGCAGAUGCCCGUUUCGACCUUUUCUCCCAUGUGACGCGCUUCUUUGGAUACCGGGUGGUCCUUCUGGGCAUCUUCAAUGGCCAAGGCCUAGCUGAAUGCCGAGCCCUUGUGCGCGUGAACCCAGGCCAGGAGUACAUCAAGCUGCUUCUCCAUGAUGGGAGGCUUAAGGGAGCCGUGCUGAUUGGCGAUACAGAUCUGGAGGAAACUUGUGAGAACCUCCUGCUUGACCAACUUGACCUGGGUCCACUUGCUGAUCACCUGCUUGACCCCGAAGUGGACAUUGAAGACUUCUUCGAUUGACCUCUUGUCAAGACACCCACGUCUGCUUGAAAUGACUGGAAAAUGCUCAUUCAUCACUCACAGAAUUGUUUUCACAAAGGGCCAGUUUGCACGACGCCAAAACAGUUCCACAGUGAAGCACAGUCUUCAGCUGGAAAAACAUGACAAGCAAGGAUUGUGCUUUCAGAAACCACUCAACGACACCACGCAUGGCCGGCUGAAGAGCCUACUACUGUUGCACGCAGUGCUACACUGCUUUCCAUCACAGGUUUUUCGCUCAAGCGGCCGGUGAUAAGGACCCUGAUGAACCUGGUGUGAGCUUGAGCAUGGCCGCUAAAAUACAGUAUGAAAGUGCCAGUGCAGGCAGAGGUGGCGCUCUCGCCCACCAGCCGUAGGACCACUUGCAAAAGGGACUAAAGUUUACAUUCACAAGCCACACAUUUCCCUACAGCGCAGCUGAAGGGAAGCCUGCUGCUGAACACCACGUGCAGCAUGCAUACGCCAUAAGACUUUGAAUGACGUUGAACACUGUCGCACGUGUACAGGACGGGACAUUAAAGCUAGUCUUUUUUUUUUUUUUUUCAAGCAUGGCAUCGAGUGUUAUCCAAUUCCUUAGCCAAAGAAUAUUAAUGCAGCCAAAGUGCUUCAGCGAAAUGUGAGAUGUGUGUAUUAUUCCAGUCAAAGAGGAGCCAGCCACUUUAACGGUACAUCCAGCGGCACCUUUCCCUCUCCAGCCGCACUGCAGUAAGCUCUACACCAAAACAUAGAUGGAUGGACGUCCAUAGCUUGCAUGAUCGCAAGAGUCCACUCAGAAGGUGUGUGCCUCGGAUAAGUGGACACUGCUGAAGGGAGCUGGAGCACAAAUGGGAGGUGUCGCAAACGCCUUCGGCUGUUGGAACUGCCUGCCUGAAGGUGCUUGGUGACCUGCCUCGGACAAGAUGCACAAUGAGGGACGGGAACAUUGGGAGGGCGACUGUCGAUCCGCAGCCUUGCCUUCUUGCACAGACCCUGCAGAGGCGGUGCACCAGGGAGUGGAGCCGCCAGUCCAGGUGGGGGACGGGAGCUAAGCUCGUCGACGGUUUGGCACUUAGGGAGCGCACAGACUGCAGUCCCCUCAGGCGUCCGUCUCACCGCGGAGCCGCAGCCGUGCAAAGUCUUCAAAGAUGAUGUCAUCAUCAUCUAGGCUGGCCGCAGCAUCCCUGCAAAACAGAACAAAAAGCUUGUUUAGACGAGCAGUGUUAGUAAAGCCAACUGCACAACAGUGAAUCUGGCAAUGGGGAUAUUCUGGAUGUUGCAAGCAUGGUCUGACACAGAGCAAAACACUGAGUAAGCAAAUGAAUUGAGAAAUCUGCAGGGUGGCAACAGUUUUAUGCAUUUAUCUGAAAGUAGCACAAGACUACAGAGGAAAUCUAUACAGUUUCCUCAAAAAGAAACCUUUUCAGGCAAACAAAACUAGCACACUGGAGAAAAUGGGAUCUUGUGAACUUAUGCCAUUUUGCUUACAACAUUAUGCAUUGCUGAAAAAGCUUACAUGUGGAUUCUGAAUAUUCUGUAUUUCGUUCUAAA